AUGUCAGAAAAUAUACAGGAAACGAUUGUGGAAUUAAUUAAUCAAGCAUCACUCUAUGGAAAAGAUAGUGUUAGAGUGCAACAUCUUCGACAUGUACAAGAACUUAUUUUAAGAAAAGAUCCAAGUUUACUUGAUAAUUUUCUUGAAGAAGUACUGGGUUUUCAAACUGAUAAAAGUCCAGAAGUGAGAAAAACUAUUAUAUCAUUUAUUGAAGAAGCUUGUCAACAUGAUCCAGAGGUUAUUGUUAAAGUGAUUGAUAGUUUACGACUUUUACUUUAUGAUGAUAAUGUACUUGUUCAAAAAAGACUUAUUGUUAGUAUGAUAACAAUUUAUAGAUUAACUUUAAAGUGGCUUUCGAAAUCUCGACUUGUCGAUGAAAAUGUACGAAGUAUGUGGGAAAGUAUGGUCAAUAUGAAAAUUCAUAUUAUUGCUAUGCUCGAUUCAGAUAAUGAUGGACUUCGUACAGUGGCUAUUAAAUUUAUUGAAAUGCUUGCACUUGUUUUAUCACGACGUACACAAGAUUCAAUUGUUCCAGCUUCAAAUGAACAAGAUUUUUCACUUAAUUUAUUACAAGAUGAUCAUCGUAUAUUACGUCGAAAUAAACUUGAACAAGAAGGAAAAGAUGUUAUGGAAAAAUUACUUGAAUUUACUCUUUCUCAACAUUUAUCUAGUGUUAAUCUAAUAGCAGCAAUGGGUGCAAUAGCAAAUAUUGCACGGCAAAGACCAGAUUAUAUGAGUCGUGUUGUACAAACAUUUGAAGCAUUACAAGUUAAUUUACCACCAACAUUAGUCGAUUCACAAGUUAGUAGUGUACGUAAAAUAAUUAAAUUAAAAUUAUUAAGUCUUCUUAAACAUCCUGCUUCAUUCGAUUUUCAACCACAAAUUACAACAUUAUUAACUGAUCUUGGUGCUACACAAGCUGAAGUUCUUAAACAUUUACCUAAAGUUCCAACAGAAUCAAAACGUAAAAUAACAUUAAGUAAUAGCGAAAUAAAUACUAAAAAAUCUAAAAUGACUACUGAUGAUCCAAGUAUUUUUGAUAAAGAUGAUUCAAAUAGUAGUAUAACUGGAAAAGGUAUAUCUACAGGUGGUGUACAUGGUUCAAUGAUGUCUUCGACAUCAACAAAUUCAUCCUCAUCUCAUCCACAACAUCAAACAGCAAUAGAUAUAACAGCUGCUGAUCUUGUUGGAAAAUUAUCUAUUGGAAAUGUUGUUGAUUUAGUUCUUGUAUCAAUGCUUUUAUUACCAGAAAAAAUGCCAGCAUCAUUUCAAGCAACAUAUACACCGAUAGCAGCUGCUGGUACACCAGCACAAAUUGAACAUUUAGCACGAUUACUUGGCGCACAAUUAACAGCAGCUGGUCAUGGAAAAGGUUAUGAACUUAUGAAAUCUCAACAACAAGUUAAACCAAAAAUUGAAGAUGAUAUUGAAGAAGGAAAUUCUAUAGCAAGUAUUACGGGUGUUGGACGUGAUGAUUCCUUUCCUUCUUCGUCAAUGGAUAUUGAUAGUAAAUCAGCAUUACCUUCUACCAGUGGAAAUGAAUCAAGUGAAAUUCCAACAACAUCUGCAGGAAUAACAACCAUAUCAACAAUACCAAGUGUACAACAGAAAAAAAUGAAACCAUUUAAAUUAGCCGAUGCUAUAAAACCGAUUGAAUAUGAUGAAAUGCAACGUAUGUCAACAGAUUCAUUUUAUCGAAUUCUUCAUGCUGAAGAUGUUUGUGAAACAGCCGGUGUUGGUCAUGUUAGAAAAAAAACAAUGACUUCAUUAGUUUGUUUAUCUGAACGAAGUUUUCGUGAUAUUUAUGAAGAUUAUAUAUUUGCUGAUGUACGUAAACGUCAUGAUCUUGCUUUUGCAUGGCUUUAUCAAGAAUUUGUUUAUGCUAACGGAUAUUUAAGUAUAUUAGAUCCAAAUAAAAGAAAAGAUUUUACAAAAUAUGAUGAUACAUUAUGUCGAUUACUUGAAUAUUUACAAGAAAAACCAGAUCAACGUGAUGGUUUGUUUUCUCGUUUAUUAUCAACUGCACCAUUGAUUACAGAUAAUGCAUUACUUGUGUUAAAAAGAUAUUGUCAAGACGAAACUCGUUCUUAUCUGGGUAUGAAUACAUUACGUGAUUUGAUAUUUCGUCGAAUAAAUAUGCGUGAAAAGUUUUUGGAUAUUUUACUUGAUUUUACUCAUAAUGAAAAUGUAUCAGUAAGAAAUAAUGCAAUACGUAUUGCAAAAAGUUUACAUGAAAAAGAAGAAUUUAAACAAUCAAUUGAACGACAUGCUUUAAAAUUUUUAAAACAUCUAACAGCUUCACAACCACCUGAAGCACUUUUUGGGGAUGAUAAAAAAUCAUCAACAAUACCGAAUGAUACAUGGACAGAAGAUUCAAUUCGUCUUUGUCUUCCACUUUAUCUUAGUUUAAUGCCAUCUAAUCAUUAUUUAAUUCAACCAUUAGCAACGAUCUAUACCGCAGUUAAUGGUGAUAUUAAACGAGUAAUUCUUCGAGUGUUAGAAAUUCCUGUUCGUGGAAUGGGUAUGGGUAGUCCAGAAAUAUUAAAAUUAGUUGAAAAUUGUCCUAAAGGUGCUGAAACAUUGAUUACUCGUAUUAUUCAUAUUCUUACUGAACAAACUCCACCGUCACGUGAUCUCGUUGAAAAAGUUCGAGAUUUGUAUCAUAAACGAGUUUCUGAUGUUCGUUUUCUUAUACCCGUACUUACUGGUUUGGAAAAGAGAGAAAUUAUUAGUGCAUUACCAAAAUUAAUUAAACUUUCACCACCAGUUGUUAAAGAAGUUUUUAAUCGACUUUUGGGUCUUAAUGCAUCACCUGAAACAUCACAUGCUAGUCCAAUUUUACCAUCUGAAUUAUUAAUUGCACUUCAUCAAAUUUCAUCUGAAGAAUGUGAAUUAAAAACAACGAUGAAUGCAACAACAUUAUGCUUAAAUGAACGUUCAAUUUAUACUCAUGAUGUUCUUGCUGUUGUUAUUCAACAACUCGUUGAUGUAAAUCCAAUACCCGUUUUGUUUAUGCGAACGGUUUUACAAGCACUUAGUUUCUAUCCAAAAAUGGUUGGUUUUGUUAUGAAUAUUUUACAAAGACUUAUAACAAAACAAGCUUGGAAACAAGUACGUAUAUGGGAAGGUUUUAUAAAAUGUUGUCAAAAAACUCGACCACAUUCAUUUCCAUUACUUCUACAAUUACCACCUCCACAACUUAAACAUGUUUUUCAAACAGCACCGGAAUUACGUGAUGGUCUCAUACGUCAUUUACGUUCGAUGUCUAUCGCUCAACGUUCAGUAAUUCCAUCAUCAAUAUUAACAGUCAUUGAAGAUAAUUCCGAAAAUGUUGCACCAGAAAUACGUAUACAGACCGUACCACUUCCUUCUUCAUCGUCUCAUGAACAAUAA